GCUUACACCCAAGUGCUACGCUCGGCGGCUCUUCCAUUUCUCCGUCCACCUGGACACGUCGAAUAGGUGGUUCCAAAAUGAACAUUUUCCGACUCCUUGGCGAUGUUUCUCAUUUCUUUGCUAUUAUUAUCCUUCUACUUAAAAUAUGGAAAACUCGGUCAUGUGCAGGUCUUUCGGGCAAGAGUCAGAUCGCGUUUGCGCUCGUCUUUACCUCUCGCUACCUAGAUUUAUUCACGUCAUUUAUCUCAAUAUAUAACACGCUUGCAAAGAUUGUCUUUAUAGUUUCGUCAUUUUCUACCAUAUAUUUGAUAUAUUUCAAAUUCAAAGCAACCUACGAUGGAAACCACGAUACAUUUCGUACGGAAUUUCUUAUUCUACCCUGUGUGCUCCUCUCGUUAAUAGCAAAUCAUGAGUUCGCUCUUAUGGAGAUCCUAUGGACCUUUUCCAUCUACUUAGAAUCUGUGGCCAUAUUGCCCCAACUUUUUAUGAUUUCAAAAACAGGGGAAUCAGAAUCCAUAACAUCGCACUACUUAUUUGCCCUCGGUCUUUAUAGGGGCCUCUAUAUAUUAAAUUGGAUCUAUCGUUACGUGCUGGAGGACUUCUUCGAUUUGAUAGCCGUUGUUGCUGGUGUGGUACAGACUCUACUCUACUGUGACUUUUUCUAUCUAUAUGUAACAAGAGGUAAGAUUAAUUGA